GUUUUAGCAGGCACAACUCAAGUUUUGAUCAAUUUUUGAUAGCUGAACAACAAAAUCAAACCAAAUUCUCCUCUGAACAUGGACAGCCCAGUAAAACAGCGCCGGAAACCCAAGAACCUGGACCAAUCCAAGCUGGACGAAGAUCCGGGAACUCAAAAGGUCGAGUUCAAAAAGGAUAUCAUCGAUGAGGUAGCGGAUCAGGCGGCUGAGUACGAUUACAUGAAGUACCCAAGCAACAAAGAGAAGGCAAAACUCCUGAAAUGCGUUAAACCACUGAAAAGUGUCACCUUUAAGGCGGUGGUGGAGCUGGUGACCUUUUCGGAAAACUGGAAGAUGAAGAUGAGCGAGAGCAGGCUGCGCUCGGAGGAUGAGCAGCUGAAGAACUCCCAAAAAUAUCGCAACUACUGACAAUUCCCCUUCAAAUUAUUGUUCGUUGUAAGCAAAUAAAUUGUUAUGUAUUGGUAAAAAGUA